UCGUUUUCGCGAUGAAAUAUCGUGUCUGUAGACACCUCCAACUAAUCGUGAAAUAGUAUAUACAAAAUUAAAUAAGAAAAGAUAUCUAUUAACGAUCUAAUUAUUACCCCAGAGAGAGAUGUUGCUCACGUACCCGACAUGUCCAGAAAGAGAAGUCACGUUACAGGACAUUGUUUUAGAUUUUGUAUGCAUCAGUGGCAUUGUCAUGUGUACUGAACACCGGGAUGAACAUGGGAUAUUCCGCCGUAGCGUUGCCUUUGUUGGUGGACGGCUCUUCGGAUAUAAUUUUAAACCAAAGCGACGCCACAUUGUUUGCUUCUCUGACGGUUGUGUCGCAGUCUGCUGGCAGUUUGAUCAGCAUUGGAACCAUGAAAUUCGGAAGACGCGUCGCCAUUGUUUUCGCAAGUUUCGUUGCCUGUGUCGGUUGGGUCAUUGUUGCGAGCAGCCAUAACGCGCCUCAGCUUCUUUGCGGCAGACUAAUCACCGGUAAAACGCAUGCGAAACGACUGUCUAUGGGAAUGGCUUCGGCACCAAGUAGUGUGUACGUUGCGGAGAUUUCUACACCUCGCCUAACGGCAGCACUGACGUCAGCAUCGAGCCUCUUCAAUGCCCUCGGCAUCAUGCUAAUUUACCUCCUGGGCCUCGUUAUCGAAAACAACUGGCGACUGGUCGCCAUCGUUUCAACAAUAGUGCCGUUAAUGUCCGCCAGCGCUGCCGUCUACUUCCUUCCGGAGAGUCCAAGGUUCUUAUUGGAGAGGAAACAAGAAGAGGAGGCCAAGAAAUCCUUGUUACGUUUGCGGGGACUCAAACUCGAGACCCCGAAAUUUCUACAAGAAUUUCAAGAACUGACUCGCUACAGCAACUCUCGGUCCAAUGUGGAAAUGAUUGUGUCAAACACUGAUCAGCAAUCGGACUCGACUAUGAUAAUAGCGGAGGAGGGCAACGGGUCAUCCUCUUUCAGACGGUUUUGGGAUAGACUCAGGAUAUUAGCCAGAGCCUUGAAGAUUCCGGAAGUCUGGAAACCCUUUUUGAUCCUAAAUGCAUUCUUCAUUUUCCAACAGUUUUGCGGAAUUUAUGUUAUCAUCGCUUAUGCUGUUGACUUUAUUACUGAGAUGGGAAUUGUUCAGGACCCUUUUGUGGUGACUGUUGUCAUUGGAUUGGUCCAGCUAAUUGGCAGCAUCGUGUUGGUUGUCUGCGGGACCAGAGUUGGUAGAAGACCAGCAGCUCUGAUCUCCGGUGUAGGGAUGUCGGUUUCCCUAGCAGUUUUGGGAGUACAUCAGCAGUUCUUCAAAAAUUCCUACACUUCCGGCGUGCCACUUGCUUGCAUCCUCUUCUUCGUGGCCACAGGAUCAUUCGGGUUCACAUCUUUGCCCUGGGCCAUGAUCGGCGAACUGUAUCCAACCAGAUUCGUGAACAUCUUGGGACCAACUACAACGUGUUUGGUCGGUUUCUAUAAUUUUGCCACUGUUCAACUAUACCCUACACUCAUACGAUUCGAUCCCAUUGCAACAAUAUACAUCUACGAUGCGAUUUCGGUGGCCGCGACGCUUUUCAUAGCAUUGGCAUUGCCGGAGACCUUGAAGAAAACAAAAACAGAAAUUGAACAAGGCUUUAAUGGGAGUACGUGAAAAUGAGGAGUAUUAUACACCGAGUAGAAUUAAGAUUGUACAUAGAAUUCUUUCAUCUAUAUUUAUUUAAAGCCUUUAUUAUUAAGUGCAACGUUAACACUUCAAGAUAAUUAAUUUAAGUACCAGCUUUUACUUUUAUAUAAAAUGGCUUAGAAUUCA